UGACACGAACGGAAGUGGAGAAAAACACGUGAUGAAAAUCAGUUGGUUUCAGUGUCUCUGUUUGAUCCUCCUUCUUCUCCAACUCACCACUGUCUCCACACUGGAGAGUUUUGAGGUUCUUGGUCCAGCUGAUCCUGUAGUUGCUGUACUUGGUGAAGAUGUUGUUCUGCCCUGUUACCUCAAACCCAACAUCAGUGCUGUGGACCUGCAUAUCGAGUGGCUCAGAGUUCAUACCGAAGACCCACUUGUACAUCUUUACCGGGAUCAGGAGGACAGAAAUGAGAAGCAGAUCGCAUCCUACAGGGGAAGAACAUCACUGUUCUCUGAACAACUAAAGAAUGGAAAUGUUUCACUGAAACUGAGAAAUGCGCAGGUCUCUGACAAUGGAGAGUAUAAAUGUCUUGUCCAGUCGGGGAAAUUUUAUGAUGAUUCUUCCAUUGAAGUUCAUAUUAAAGUUGUAGGAACCCAACCAGUGAUCUCCAAUGAGGGAUAUAAAGAAGGAGGGAUCAGUCUGGUGUGUGAAUCUAAAGGCUGGUUCCCUCAGCCUGAAGUGGUCUGGAUGGACAGUGAAGGACACAGUCUCCCUGCUGGACACACAGAGACACACACAGACAGUAUGGACCUCUUCACCGUGAGACAACGUGUUAUUGUAGAGGAAACAGAGAACAACAGGUUCACCUGUAGAGUUCGACAGCAACAGAUAAAUGAAAUGAAAGAGACAAUAACUAACAUCCCUGGUGAGAUGUUCCAUCGUGCCCAUCCCUGGAAGGUGACCUUUGCUGUGAUCUUCAGUCUGGCUGCUGUUUGUAUUAUUGGAUGCUCGGUUUUGAUUCAUCGUUUUGUGAAACUGCGGAAAAAGAGAGUUGAUGUGACUCUGGAUCCUGAUACAGCACAUCCUCAACUCGUCCUGUCUGAUGGCAGGAAACAAGUGAGACGUGGAGACACAAAGCAGGAGCUCCCUGACAACCCAGAUAGGUUUAAACGCCGGAUAAGUGUCCUGGGAAAAGAAGGGUUUUCUUCUGGGAGACAUUACUGGGAGGUGCAGGUUGGAGAAAAAACUGACUGGACUUUAGGAGUGGCCAGAGAGUCCAUCAACAGGAAGGAAUAUUUUGCACUGAAUCCUAAUAAUGGUCUCUGGGCUCUCAGACUGAUUGGAAAUAAGUAUGAGGCUUGCACUGAUCCCCCUGUGUCCCUCAACCUGAGUGUGAAGCCCAAGAAGGUGGGGGUGUUUGUGGACUAUGAGGAGGGUCAGGUCUCCUUUUACAGUGUGGAGGACAAGUCUCGUAUCUACACUUUCACUGGAUAUAAAUUCACUGAAAAACUCUAUCCGUACUUCUGGCCAGGUGCCCCAAACUCAGCCCCACUGAUCAUAUCGCCUGUCAUUUACACAGACUAA